UUGCACUCCGUAGACAAAUCAUGACAAUGCCACCUGAGGCUGUCAGUAUUGAAAUGCUUGAAGAUUAUGUCCAGUUCAAUUGCUGCAGAAUGGGUAAUGCUCAGCAUCGAGAUCGUAUAGAAGACGUCGGCUAUUUGAGACCACUGGCCCAACGAUGGCAAGAUGAAAUCAGGAGAUACGCCUCCUCCCAACAUAAUCACACAACCACCGUUCCAGCACCCGAUGAGGAUAUCUACAUUCGACACGGUUAUACAACCCCCGCACCAUCAACACCUAGUUAUACUAGGACACUCAAUACACCCAUUGGAAGCCCAUCUUACUAUCAAUAUAAUACCGCGACCGCCAUUCGUAGCAACGCAGCACCCUUCACAUCUGUCGCAAGCUCAACAUACUAUCAGGAUGGUUAUGCUACUCCAGCGCCAUCGACUCCUAGUUACGGUACAACGGUGUACACCGCUGCUAGCAGUCCAUCUUCUAGCCAAUCCAACGUUGGGGUUGUCGAUAAUUCGAACUCAUCAUACUAUCAAUAUAGUUUCCCGGUAUCCUCACCAGCACCUCAACCCUAUGGAUACUCACAACGCUACGAUCUCCGCCCUCGAGAAGGAAACUUACACCAGUCUAUUCCUCAGGCUCCACCAUCAGAAUUCCGUCCCCACAUAACAAACCCCCUUCCAAGCGACUCCAUCUCCCGGAAGAUAGCCGAGCCUCUUGAAGACCGAGACUUCGAAACCGGCUCACUCUAUAUUUUUGACCGGGCCUCUUCUCCGGGCCACGUCAAAAUCGGCUGGACGGCGAGUUCUGUCCAGCGCCGUCUUGAAGACUGGUCGAAGUGUGGAUACAUACCGAAUCUAUUGUUCAGCGUGGACUGCAUCCCGCACGCCCAGCGAGUCGAAACUCUUACACAUUAUGAGCUGAUCAAGCAAUGGCGCCGGGAGCGGAGGUGCAAGGCCGAUUGGUGCCAGAAGAGCCAUAAAGAAUGGUUCGAAAUUGACAAAGAACAAGCGAAACAGGUGUUGCGUAAUUGGGCAGAUUUUAUGCAAUAUGCCGAGCCAUAUGAUGCGGCUGGCCGGUUGAAAAGCCAGUGGAGGGAAAUUGUAAAGAUGAUGGAAGGAUAUGGGGAGAUGGUCACUGCUACAAAGCUGUUGGAGCACUAUGAGGCAUCUCUGACUAAGAAGUCGACUGUCGCCGAGACGACCCGGCCAGUCUCGAUUCAUACACCCAAGAUCGUAGAGGAGGUGGUCACCGGAUAUAAACCGACGAUAAGACGCUUGGAGGCCCCGAAAGAGGAAGUUGUGCGCGUGGACUCGCUUGUGACCGAGCAGCCGACAUUGCCCAAAGAGGCACCACUAAUCACAGGCCAGCCAGUAUUGAAGACGAAGCCAGAUAUCAAAUCUAAACCACAACCAUCGCGGACCCUGUUUUCAGCAGGGUUAAUCAAAGAGGCGCCAUCGCUCAAGCCAUUACCAAAGACGGAGCCAAUUCUCAAGACAGAGCCAGUAACCAAGACAGAACCACUCUCCAAGACAGAGCCACUUCUCAAGACAGAGCAACUACCUAGGACACAGUCCCUCUUUUCAGCCGAGUACUCGACACCACUCAAAGACAAGCCAUUGUUUGAGUGGCAGUCCUUGCUGAAAACAGAAACACCUACGAAAUUGGAACCACUACCUAGGAAACAGUUUUCAUUUUCAACUGAACAACACACACCAUCAAAGACACCACUGUUCCAGUGGCAACCGUUACUGAAGAGCGAACCGCUAUUUAAGACCACACCACUACCCAGGACAGAGUUUGAAUUCUCAGCUGACCGACAAACACCGUCAAAAGAGCCACCGCUGUUCAAGUGGCAGUCACUACUGAAGACUGAACCGCUUUUCAAGACCGAAUCAGUACCCAGAACGUUCAUGUUCUCAGCUAAGCAACCUGUCAAAUCCGAGCCGUUGUUUAACAGCUCGCUACCAGUCAAUGUUGAGACGCUCUCGAAGGCGGAAAUAGUAAUCAAGAGCGAACCGGUAGAUGAUGAAGUAGUGGCAUCAGAGGUUACACCAGUCAAGGAAGGGCUUCUACCCGAGCAGAUACCGCUGCCUCCUUCACCAUUACUUCAACCUACAGUAUUUGGUGAAGACACAACUUCUCUCAAAGAGACAAACCGAAAUUCGGAUGACGGAAACGCAAAGGAAGAAGACUCUGACCUGAAUUCCACUGUCGCUGAUACAUUGGCUGAUUCUAAGGCUGGCUCAUCAGGCCCCUCAUCGGCACGAGUUUCACGCUCAGUCACGCCCAUUGAAAGUAGUCUUGAGAAGCAUGCUCAGAACAGCACUGAUACCACGAACACUGAAUCGCCACCUUCAGAAUCAGAUACUCUAGUGCCAUUGGUGACAUGGACCUCGGAAGCGCUAGCAUCUAUGAGGAGCGACUCGCAAGAAGCAGUAGUGAAGACGCCCACUUCAACCGCGCAACGUCCGAAGACACCUGAAGACGCCGGGCAGGUAGAGCCUGAUGAAAAGCUCCAUGGCUGUGAAGAACAGAUAUGUAAAGAGAAAGAUGAAAUUACAGCAGCGGUAACGGAAGUGGAACUAGGACUGACUGGGUGGGAUGAAGACGAAACAAUAGUAGAAGAACAGUCGCCAAAGACUUUGGAAAAGGUGGCUUUGGAAAUUGUGGAUGGAAUCUAUAAUGAUAUUUCCACGGGGACAGUGAAUGGGGCUCUCAAAGAAUUGGACAAAUUGAAAGUACCGGAUAGUGAAAUGCAGCCAGCUAUCGAGAUGGUUUUGCAAGCGUGA